GCCUUGCAAACCCUCCUCUGAUCUCGAGCAGGGGAUGGCGUCGGAUCGCUCCUCGGCGGCGGUGGCGUUGCCUUCCUACCCUAAGGCGGUGGAAGCGUACCGGAAGGCGGUGGCCACGGCAGCCACCGCGACCGCGUACGCCGUGCUGGCGCGCGGCAUGGCGCGGGAGCUCCUCCCCCACGACCUGCGCGCCGCGGCGAGCUGGGCCGCGUCGCUCCUCCGCGCCCGCUUCGAGCCCCGCCCCGCCGAUCGCCACACCUUCGUCAUCAAGCGCGCCCUAGGAUCGUCCCUCCAUAACGACGGCGACGGCGGCGAGCUCUACGAUGAGGUGCGCCAGUACCUCGCCACCCGGAUCGACCCGCACUCCAUGCGCCGCCUCUGCCUCAGCGGCGGCGUCCGCGGCUCCAGUAAGGUUCUCUCGAUGGAGCAUGGCGACUCCAUGGUCGACAUGUUCGAGGGCGUCGCGUUCACGUGGGAGUCCGUCGCGGGUGAAGGCCGGUCCGGGGCGGCGGCGGUGGCGGAGUCGCUGGAACUAAGCUUCGACGCGGAGCACACGGACAUGGCGCUGGAGCGGUACGUCCCGUUCAUCACGGCGACGGUUGAGGAGGCGUGGAACCAGGACCAGUCGCUCCUCAUCUACAUGAACGAGGGCUCCGGGUGGGGCGGCAUGAACCACCACCACCCGGCCACGUUCGACACGCUCGCCAUGAACCCGGAGCUCAAGCAGUCCGUGAUCGCCGACCUCGACCGGUUCCUGAAGCGGAGGGACUACUACCGGCGGAUCGGCAAGGCGUGGAAGCGCGGGUACCUGCUCUACGGCCCGCCAGGGACCGGUAAGUCAAGUCUCGUCGCCGCCAUGGCCAACUACCUCCGAUUCGACCUCUACGACCUCGACCUGUCCGAGGUGCGCGGCAACACGUUCCUGCAGCGGCUUCUCACCAGAAUGAGCAACAAGUCCAUCCUCGUCAUCGAGGACAUCGACUGCUGCUUCAGCGCCGCGUCGCGGGAAGACGGCAAAAAAGAUCAGGCCGGCGGCAAAAAAGAUCAGGCCGGCGGCAAAAAGGAUCAGGCCGGCGACGACGUCGAUUCGGAUUAUUCCGACGACGAUUAUUCCGACGACUAUUAUUCUGACGACGAUGCACCAGAUCCCUGGGGCAUGCCGCAGCAGGAGCAGAAGAUAACUCUGUCCGGCCUGCUCAACUUCAUCGACGGGCUGUGGUCCACCAGCGGCGAGGAGCGCAUCAUCGUCUUCACCACCAACUACAAGGACCGCCUGGACCCGGCGCUGCUCCGGCCGGGACGCAUGGACAUGCACGUCUACAUGGGCUACUGCGGCUGGGAGGCGUUCAAGACGCUCGCCCACAACUACUUCCUCAUCGACGACCACCCGCUGUUCCCGGAGAUACAGGAGCUGCUCUCGGAGGUGGAGGUGACGCCGGCCGAGGUGUCGGAGAUGCUGCUGCGGAGCGAGGACGCUGACGCGGCGCUCCAGGGCCUGUCCAAGUUCCUCGGAGAGAAGAAGCAAGCAAUUGGCGAACAGAACUACUGCAAACCUGCAACUUUCGUGUCAUUUGUGACUCUGCUAAUGCUGGUGUUUGCGAAAAAACCGACUCGAGGCGCCGCGGGCUACGUUAAAGCCGCAGACCUCGCCGCAGCAAUCGUUUGCGGUUUGCCUGCCCUACUCCAAUUCGUCGGGAUGGACCCCUCGGCGUCCAAACCCUCAUCAGGGUUGGUGGCGGCAGCUACAUCGGCGUCGAUGGAGGCGGCGGCUACGGCCGUGACGCUGCCUCCCUUGGCGAAGGCGGUGGACGCGUACAAGACGGCUGUGGGCACGGCAGCCACGGUGACCACGUACGUCGUGCUGGCGCGCGGCAUGGCGCGGGAGCUCCUCCCGCACGACCUCCGUGCGGCAGCGCGCUGGGCCGCGUCCCUCAUCCGCGCCCGCCUCGAGCCCGCACCCGUGGAGCGCCGCACCCUCGUCAUCAAGCGCUUCCCGUACUCGGGGGGCCAACUCGACAGCGGCGGCGGCGGCGGGCUCUACGACGAGGUACGCGAGUACCUCGCCACCAGGAUCGACCCGCACGCCAUGCGCCGCCUCUGCCUCCGCGGCGGCGGGACCAAGAAGACCCUCUCCAUGGAGGACGGUGACUCGAUGACCGACGUCUUCGACGGCGUCAAGUUCAAGUGGGCCUCCGUCGCGGGGCAGAGCAGCAAGAGCAAGAACGCGAACGCGAACGGGUACGGGACGCUAGAGCUCAGCUUCGACGCGGAGCACACGGACAUGGCGCUGGAGCGGUACGUCCCUUUCAUCACGGCGACGGUUGCGGAGGCGCGGCGGAUGGAUCGCGCGCUCCAGAUCUUCAUGAACGAGGGCUCGUCGUGGCACGGCAUCAACCACCACCAUCCGGCCACGUUCGACACGCUCGCCAUGGACCCGGCGCUCAAGCAGUCCAUCGUCGACGACCUCGACAGGUUCCUGAAGCGCAGGGGCUACUACCGUCGCAUCGGCAAGGCGUGGAAGCGCGGGUACCUUCUCUACGGCCCGCCCGGCACCGGCAAGUCCAGCCUCGUCGCCGCCAUGGCCAACUACCUCCGAUUCAACCUCUACGACCUCGACCUCUCCGAGGUGCGCUACAACAUAGCACUGCAGAGGCUGCUCAGUGGCAUGCCCAACAAGUCCAUCCUCGUCAUCGAGGACAUUGACUGCUGCUUCAGCACCAAGUCAAGGAAGGAGGAAGAUGACUUAUCUGAUCAGAGUCGCCUUCGAUCGUCCACUCACUCGCAGCCCGGCAUAACUCUGUCCGGUCUGCUCAACUUCAUCGACGGGCUGUGGUCGACCAGCGGCGAGGAGCGGAUCAUCAUCUUCACCACCAACUACAAGGACCGCCUCGACCCGGCGCUGCUGCGGCCGGGCCGGAUGGACAUGCACGUCUACAUGGGCUACUGCGGCUGGGAGGCGUUCAAGACGCUGGUCCGGAACUACUUCCUCGUCGACGACCACGCGCGGUUCCCGGAGAUACAGCAGCUGCUUUCAGGUGUGGAGGUGACACCGGCUGAGGUGUCAGAGAUGUUGCUAAGGAGCGAGGACGUCGACGUGGCUCUCGGGGUGCUUGCGGAGUUCCUCGGAGAGAAGAAGCAGGCAAUGUGUGAGGGGGGAUCAGUGCAGUCGCAUCAAGAAGCUGAGGGAGUAAUUUGUGAUAGAACGGUGAUGCCGUAGUAGUCCUAGAUGCAUUGGUUUAAAAUAUAUAUUAUUGUUCAGAUAGUUCUCUGUUAGAAAUCAGGAACUGAUUUUGGGCCAAUCAGUCUAUCUAUAAAUUAAAUUCUCUGAUGAUGCUACUUUCUCAUAGUGUUGUCAAAAUCUGGUAAGUGGUCUAUCUGAUACCUGAUGAAAUAGAAUUUAUGCACUUC